UUAAGCGAGGCAUGAUUUAUUUCAAUGAAAACUGAAGACUUACAAGAUUUACUCUGAGCCUGUGUUUAAGACAACCUCUCCACAAAUCCUGUCUGUAAGGAAGAGAACUGAGUUCAAUUUUUUUGUUUGAUUCUGGGUUUGCAGAGCAUUUAGAAAUGAUCUUUACAUAAAAUGUUUUGGUUUAUUAGCUUUAACUAUUUUUAAUUUUUUAACUUGGUAACCAAAUAAAUCAUCCUCAUUUUCUUUGAUGAGCUUCCAGGAAUGUGCCUCUGCUUUAUCCAGCAGGGACCUAACUUUUAGCUUUUUUGUGGCCAUAGUGAAUCUUCACUUGCUUGAGGGACAUGAGGGCCUGACCACAGCAACUGGAAGAAUCAGGCCCGGAUGCCAGCCAGCACGUUGGCAGGAUCUUUGCAAAGCUGAUUGAGAAGUUGGUUGAGAAGAAAUUGAAGUAUGAUUUACACACACACACAUGUACCCCCAUGAUGUGUAGAAUAACAGCAGAGAGCUGCUACCACUAUGGUAGUAAUGUAUUGUACCUAAUUGCAGUCCUGGCCAGUAUAACUCAUUUUGAGGGGAAAAAAACCUGAAGCGUGCUGAAAUCUGGUUUGACUUGAGUUAGUUUGCCUCCUGUGGUUACACAGCACAAUUUUCAUUUCUUCCGUGGGAGGCAAAUCAUAGAAAGCUAGGGAUGAGACACAGCUAUAGGAGGCCAUCUAUUCAGUCCUCAGCUCUGGAGCAAUAUCAUUUCAAAGGCCUGCAAUCAUGUAGACUCUGUAAUCUAUUCCUGUACUUAAAAACAAACAAACAAAACCCUAAAACAAAAAAAAUCUAAUACCGACCUGGUUUGUUUCUUAGUUAAUUCAAGUCCCUUUGUGAUGGAGAGAGCAGAAAGAAUAUUUUGUUUCCUUUCUCUUUACAGCAGUUUCUACAUUCUUGGCAGGUAUUAUCUUGUUUUCCUCCCUCGUUUUUCUCAUCUGUGAGAUAGAUAAUAUUCUUCUUGGUGCUCUCUGGGCUCCAGCUAAAUGAAGACAUCUGUCUUCAACUAGGGUGCCAAGGGUUGGGCACGGUACUCCAGAUGAGGCUUGAAAGAUGCUGAGAAUUGCUUUCUGUCUUGCAGAUGUAGCAUAUUUGUACCGCUCAGUCUUGCUGCCUUUUACAACAGUACAAUGUUGUUGAUUUCUGCAGCCUGUAACUCAUUGUGACCCUUUUUUCUCUCAACGCUUGUGAUCUAAUCAGUCCUUAGAUAGGUAUACUUGGUUACAUCUAACUGAAUAAUCUCAGGCACCUAGAAAGAAAUAAAGCAAUUCUCCUAUUUUUAGGCUGGUUAACUUAAAUUUUCAGAUGACAGCUCUGAAAGAACAAUGCAAAGAUGGGAUCAAGAUGAAAUUCAGCUUGACAAACGUAUUGUCUUUAGAUAUUUGGACCGUUAAAAUACAGAAUAAUGUUGUACUCAGGCUAGAGUUCUGUGGGACCGUACCCAUGGCUUCCCUUUGUUUAAGUAGUGAAUAUUUAAUCUUUGUAUUCGGCUAAUGUGCAGUUUUCCCAUUAUGCCAGAGCAGUUUCACCUAGGCCACAAGUGACAGCCAGCCAUUUCAACAUUCAUAGUUAAAAAUGUUUUUCGUGUGAUUUAUUACUUGAGUCAGUGCUUAUUUGCUCAGACAGUAAAUGAUCAACAAUUAUCUGGAGCAAUUUUUGCUUUGUGUGGUAGAUUCACCCCUCUGGUCCAGGCAGUAAGCUGUGCAGCUGUUUAGUUCACAUCUAUCAGGGAAUGGUAGGGUGAACAGAAAGGAAGGAAAACAGCCUCAUCAGAGACAGUGCAAUCGUGUGAUUUAUGCGGGGCAGCCUGCCCAGGACUGGACUGCUGCAGGAUAUUUUUCUCUGCACUGUUCGAGCGUGACUUUAGAUCUGCUUGUUUUUAACUUUAUACAGGGAAAAUAAACCUCUUAACCACUAGCUGUGUGCCCCUUUCCACAUGUGUAGUUUCCAGCUUGAUAUUAGGGCGAGAAAAAACCACAAGGUCUGAGUAUUUGUUAUUUAGGGCUUGUUGUUUAGUUGCCUUGUGCUCUGAGAGUAGUGCUGACUACUUGAUAGUCACAGCAAGGCUCGUGAGGAGGAGGGAAUAGAUCUGAAGCUGCUUUCAGACUAAUUGGAAGAAGAGCAGCUCGCCAAUAAAAUAGCUUUCUACAAGAUUUAUUCUUGCACAUGCAGGGAGUGGUUAAGGUAUUUUAUAAAAACCCCUUCUCCAUGAAUUUUUGCUGCUUUUCCUUGGUGGGCAGCAAGGAUUUUGUCAGAAGCGUGUUGGGGAGAUUUUACACCUCCAGACUCUUGUUUGGCUGCAGGCGGUUUCCUCUGGGUUUCCUGCUAAGUGGCUCUGGUGGCGGUUUUGCAUUGUUCCUCACUGAUGACUCAGAGAAACAGGAAAGAGAUCCCCUGGUGAACAAAAAGCACAACCACCAAACAGGUGCCUGUAUUCUGGUCUAGCAGAGGACAAACCACCUCAUUCUGGAUUUUUUCCUAAGAUUGUUAUCUGCAAGUAUGAGACUCAAGAGGAAUGGUUCAUACACGCUGAAUGGGAAGUCCAAGGGAAAGCCAAAUGGUAAAAAGCCAGCACCAGAAGAGAAGAAACUUUACCUAGAGCCAGAAUACACAAAAUCCAGAAUUACUGACUUCGAAUUUAAGGAGCUAGUGAUGUUACCCCGAGAAAUAGACCUCAACGAGUGGCUAGCCAGCAACACAACAACUUUCUUUCAUCACAUCAACUUACAGUAUAGUACAAUCUCAGAAUUCUGUACAGGAGAGUCAUGUCAGACCAUGGCAGUGUGCAAUACACAGUACUACUGGUAUGAUGAGCGGGGAAAGAAGAUCAAGUGCACUGCUCCUCAGUAUGUCGACUUUGUCAUGAGCUCAGUGCAGAAACUAGUGACAGAUGAGGAUGUCUUUCCAACAAAAUACGGCAAGGAAUUCCCAAACUCGUUUGAGUCCCUAGUGAAGAAGAUCUGCAAGUACCUGUUCCAUGUGCUGGCCCAUAUCUACUCCUCACACUUUAAGGAGACUUUGGCACUGGAGCUGCACGGACACUUAAACACACUCUACACACACUUUAUCCUAUUCAUCAGGGAGUUCAACCUCGUGGACCCUAAAGAGACCACCAUCAUGGAUGACCUCACAGAGGUCCUCUGCAGCAGCAGCGGGAGCAGCAGUAACGGGAGUGGCAACGGGAGCAGCAACAGCGCAGGAGCACAGAACCAUGUGAAAGAGAGAUGAGCCUUCCUCCAGGAUCAAAACUAACAUUAAAAACAAUGUUAUAUAUUCUGUGUGUAUGUGUAUGUAUAUGUUCAGAUAUACAUACAGACAUAUACAGCAAUGAAAGCUGAAAGAAAUUCUGCUGCCGCCACAGGACGUGUAGUCGCAUGGGACUGUACGGAGCUUUGGUUUAAUGCGCCACCCGGCGAGAAGUUGCACCGAUUUUAUUUUCUGUCCACUCCUCCUUUUACCUGU